AGUUCUCUCUUGGAUGUCCUGCAUAGUGCCUUUACCGGCUCGCGAACAAUCUCUUUGAUCUCAGUCGGCGCCGAAUCUCGUAAUAACACACCGCCGGGUUAUUUCUUCUUCUUUUUUUUCUUCUUUUUUUCGAAUUGUCGGUUAUUUUUGGCUAGUGAACGGUGGUUAAUUGUACGAAGCAAUGUUCAAGAAGAUAGCGAGUGGUUUUUUGGCGUUCGGCGAAACUUAGUGAUGUCUUUUAGAUGAUGGAUAGAAAAGAAUGUCGCAAUUAAAAGGCAGUUCGAAAUUGGAUAUUCGGAAUCGCGCCCUAGCAAUGUCCACCCUGAUGUUCUCUUUAUUUAUUAUCAAUAUUAUUCUAACUAAUUCAAGUACUACUGCUAAAAGACAGUCGACGAAUGGUACUUGGUUACGUAUGGGUAUGAUUUUCGACGACAUGAUGCAAAACGAUGAAGGUUUACCGUCUUGCCGAGCACUUCCGGGACUCAGUCCGGGUCAAAGGAGACUGUGCCAAUUGUAUAUAGAUCACAUGAAUGCUGUCGCUGUCGGAGCUAAACACACUUUGACGGAAUGCAAACACCAAUUCCACAAUAGAAGAUGGAACUGUACAAUUUCCGAUGACGUUACUGUAUUCGGACCGAUGAUAACCGUGGCUAGUAGAGAAACCGCUUUUGCGCAUGCUUUGGCAUCAGCUGGUGUAGUCCAUGCAGUAUCAAGAGCAUGUCGAGACGGUCAAUUGUCAUCUUGUGGUUGUUCUAGAAUGAACCGCCCCAAAGAUUUAAAAAAAGAUUGGGUAUGGGGUGGAUGCGGAGAUAACUUAGAAUACGGUUAUAAGUUCACGCAAAGUUUUGUGGACGUAAGGGAAAAGGAAAGGAAAUAUAAAAGAGGGACUAGAGAACAAGGAAGAAUCCUUAUGAAUUUACAUAAUAACGAGGCGGGACGCAGGGCCGUUAUAAAGAAAUCGAAAGUAACUUGUAAAUGCCACGGCGUAUCUGGCUCCUGUUCUCUAAUAACGUGCUGGCAACAACUAGCGACCUUCAGAGAAAUCGGUGAUUAUUUAAAAGAUAAAUAUGACGGAGCAACAGAAGUGAGAGUAAAUCGUAGAGGACGUCUUCAAUUGCGAGACCCUCAAGUUACCAUUCCUACGUCGUACGAUCUAGUGUAUUUAGAAGAUUCUCCUAAUUAUUGUAUCAAAGAUGAAGUUACUGGUUCUUUGGGUACUCAAGGUCGAGUUUGUAACAGGACAUCGCCUGAUAUAGACGGUUGUAACCUGAUGUGUUGUGGUCGUGGUUAUAAUACUAUCAAAAGUGUGAUUAAAGAAAGAUGUCAAUGUAAAUUCGAGUGGUGUUGUAAAGUGCAGUGUAGAACUUGUGUGCGAUCUACGGAAAUACAUAUUUGCAAAUAAAUUUUGUUAAAACGUUUAAUUUUAUGGAUAUUUGUUUCCUAUAUUAAUUAAUUCAACUGUGAGUAUACAUUUCAGUUUUUUUUAUUCUCUUUCCCAUAUAUAAAUGAAAACAAAAUGGAUUAAUUAUCAGUGGCGUGCUAAAUAAUUUUGAUUUUAUCUCAGUAAGGGUCGAAAUGUCAAACAUAAAUUAUUUAUACAAUUGAAUGUACGUUUUUUGUCGAGUGAGUUGUAUUUUUUUGUGAAUAAAAUAUAAACAAAUAAUAUAAUUUUUAAGUAAAACAUCGUUUAAAUUAUUGGAUUUUAGUGUAUUGGAAAAAUAAAAUCGAAUUAAGCUUGUAAUUUGGUUAUUAUUUUUGGUUAGAAAAAUUGAUAUUUCUAGUAUUUUUUUUUUCGUUUUUUGUAUUUUUUCGGCUUAAUUCAAAAUUAAAAUGACAUCUAUGUUUGGAAAUCAAAAUUUCAAUAAUUUUUUGACGUACCUGGAUGAAAUUUUAGGUUAGGUUCUAAGUGCUUGAUAAAUUUGAUAAAAAAUUGGUAUUUUCAAUAUUUCUCUUAUUUCAUUUAUUUUCUAACGCACUUUGGCAAAAUGUUUAAAAAACAAAAUUUCGUCACUUAUUUUAUUUUCGUUUUUAUUUAUAACUUAGGUCUCAUUUUUAUCUUAAAUGCACCCGAAACAUGAAAAAAAAACUACUAAAAAUAGAUAUUUUGCGGUUUUUUACUACCAAAAAUCUUGUGGACCCCAUUUCCAAACAUCUACCCAUAAUUUAAUUCAUUUAAGAGUCACCCUCAUUCUUCUAUAGAAUGGCGGAUGUACUCCAAUUACAGGAAAAAUUAUCUGGGGAUAUUUCAUUUAUUUGUAUAUCUAUUGUAAGAUGUAAUUUAAAUUAGAUUAAGAUAAAUUUGUACAACUAGUACUUAAGACUGUAUCAUUUUUUAUUUAUUUGUUGAAAUUCGUAAUAUACUUGUUUAUAUUUCAAA